UCUACGAAAAUGAGCGAAUUUUCCGCCCGCACUUCCGCUUCCUGCUCUUCCUCUUUCCGCAGCGCUGCUACUUGUUAUUAUUAUUUGUCUUGUUGAAUCAGAGCGAUAAAAUAAUACCUGCCAAAAAGUGGCCAAAUGAGGAAUAGCUUUCGUGAAUAAGGGAAAGCUGAGUGAUGAAUCAGCAUUGGUAGUGAUACUCGGAUGGCACUUGCUCGGAUAUGAUGAGCUUCACCAUUUCCUUGUCCCUACUGCUCCUGGCAGUUCUGAUCCUGGGCAUCCUGUUCGCCUGCCACUGCCUUGGUCCGCGGGCCGCCAACUGGAUGCGGAUGCGAUCCAGCAAGGAGGAGAAGAUCGGGCUGUCCAACCACAAGCAAAAGCUCUUCCAUGCCAACGGUUAUAUGGCCAGUAUCCAAUCCGGCUCGGAGUUCCUGCUGAGCACCAGCGGCAGCUUCAAGCGCUUCGACACCAUCGACAAGGAGGACUACAAUCGCGCCCAGCACUCGGCACAGACGCAGACGCACCUACUCCUGAUUAACGGAGGCGGCGGCGUCCUGGAGGCCACCACGCCCAUGUGGCACCUGCCCCACUCCACUAUCCGAAUACCUCCGCCGCCCAAUCGACCGGCUCCGCAUCCGAACAAGACGGUGACCUUCGCCCUAAGCCAGGUCAACGAGGUCACGGUGACCACGACGAGCGAGAUGUCCACCAACCCUGGCGACCAGGAGCGUCGCUCCUGCCUUCGUCUGAGUGCUGCCACCGUGGGUGCUGCAGCUGGUGGUGGUGGUGUGCUGCCCCAGCCUCUGGAGGCUCCUCCGCCGGCUCGGCUCACCAACUCGGUGUCGGUUAACAUGACGGGCUCGGCGAUACCCCGACCCAUUGCCAAGCGACAGGUGUCCCUGCAGCAGGGCGUCGUCAAUGGAGGAGGAGGCCAGCCGGAGAAGACCGGGGUGAACCCGACGACCGAGGGUGAGCGGAAGGCGCCUGCGCUGAAGCGUCGAAACUCCAGCACCAAUCCCUUCCUGUGCGAGUCCACGGAGCAGUUGCCCGGUAAUCCCACACCCGAUCCCCUAGAUGCCACGGUUGCUUCUCUGCAGAAUGCCACCAUCUCCGAAAGUCUAAGUGGUGCUCCUGCUCCAGCUGCUCCUGCUUCAGCUCCAGCUGCUCCUGCUCCUGCUCCGGCUCCAACCACCCAUCACAACGGCAAUCCCUUCGUGGAGACCCAAAGCCUCUCCAGCAGACUCCUGAAGCUCCACAACACCACGAAUCCCUUCACUGGUCUCUCGCAGCGAGUCAAAGGUCCACAUCUGCUGCAAAAGACCAUCUCCGAGGACUAUCUGUUCCGGAAGUUGGGCGUCAACGGUCCCAGUCCCAUGGCCAAUGGCAAUGGCGCCGGCGCCGGCUCCGGCUCCGUCUCGGGAUCUGGUCAUGUCAACGGGAAUGGCAACGGCACCUGGUCCUUCGGGCGCUCGCUGCUGCGACAGGACUCCACCUUGAGCCUGGGCAUGGGCUUGGGCCGCAGGAACAGCUCCCAGAUGUCCCUGGACUCCGGCUCCGGAUCGGUGGCCAAUUCGAUGGAGGGCAUCAACCUGGAGAGAGCCAUCUCGUGCGAUUCCGUCACUUCGGACUCCACCUUCUUCCUGGAGCAACUGGACCAGCCGUACACCCAGAUAACCGGCUACUUGUGCAUUGGCCUCAACUACGACAAGAACAGCAUCAGCAACGAGGGCAUGGAACUGACUGUGAGUGUGCUGGAGGCCAAGGGUCUCAUAUGUCCCUUCGCCGUGGAGUCCCUGGACACGUUUGUGCGCAUCUACCUGGUGCCCGAUCAUCCCGGGGCCAUGCAAACCAAGGUGGUCAAGGCCGCGCUGACACCCAGCUACAACGAGAGCUUCGACUUCUGGCUGCAGAAGCGGCAGGCGCGCCACUCCCUGUGGUUCCAUCUGUACCACAACGGCCCCGCCCACACGCUCAUCGGGGAGGCGGAGAUGGAGAUCGGGGAGCUGCCGCGGCCCAUCACCACCUGGAUACCGCUCUCCGACUCGCGCAAGUGCAACGCGCGCUGGGGCGAGCUGAUGUUCUCCCUCAGCUACCUGCCCACGGCGGAGCGGCUGACCAUCGUGGUGGUCAAGGCCAGGAACCUCAAGCUGGAUGGCGACCAGCCGGCGGCCGAGUCCACGGAGACGGUGCACAGCGUCUUUGUCAAGGUCUACCUGAUGGACAACGACCGCAAGGUGCUGAAGAAGCGCACCUCGCUGAAGCGCAAGGACCGCAGCCCGAUCUUCAACGAGUCGAUGAUCUUCAGCGUGCCGCCGCCCAGCCUGACCACCGCCCAGCUGCGGGUGACCGUGUUCGGGGUGACGACGAGCGGGGUGACCCCGUUGGGCCACAUCGUGGCCGGCAGCUGCGCCGUGGGCAAGGGCCUGCGCCACUGGCACCAGAUGCUCUCCUCGCUGAGGAAGCCGGUGGCCAUGUGGCAUGUCCUGCGGCGGGCGGUCAAUCAGCCGAUUUUCACGGGCGGCGCCGAGGCGGUGGUGGCCGCCAUGCAAAACACGCUGCAGCGCUCCACCGCCAAGCGGAACAGCAUCGUCUAGAGAUCAGAGGAUCACCAGAUCACAGGCGGCGAGCAUUUUCCGCUUUGCUGGCCCUCAAUUUGACGCCUUUUAGUUGGAAAAACCCCUUUGGAAAGCGAGAUACCUCUGACGGGGAAAAUCAAAAGGGCAAACCUUGUGGAAAAUUGCAUUUACCACACUUUAGCGAUGAGAAUUUCUUACUUUUCUACUGCUUACCAACACAACCAGAAGUAUUAUCAAAGAGCCGUGUAAUCUUAAAAACCCGCACCAAAGGACAAACGAGCCUAUUAACUAGUUAUACAAUAUGCCCCAUUGUCGCGCACUAAAUUCGAUGUAAGUUUAGGAUUUUAUUGAUAGAUGCAGCCCCGAUCAAAACUCACACAGAUCUGUUGGAAUUUGUCGCGUACAGUGAGCGAAAUAAUUGCAGAGCUCUCAGGAUAUGGAGUAUGAUGGGGUUUCCCUAUAAAAUAUGUGAAGUUUAAAUAUUUUACUUCAAUAUUUUUGAUGAUUUCUUUCUUAAAAUCAUCCUAUCUUUACCAUUAUAUGAUCAAUAUGAUGGGGUUUUAAAAUUUAAAUAUUUUACUUCAAUAUUUUGGAUCCUAUCUUUAACAUUAUAUGAUCAAUAUGAUGGGUUUCCCUAUAAAAUAAGUGAAGUUUAAAUAUUUUAUUGAUUUCUUUCUUAAAAUGACCCUAUCUUCAACAUUAUAUGAUCAAUAUGAUGGGGUUUCCCUAUAAAAUAUGUGAAAUUUAAAUAUUUUACUUCAAUAUUUUGGAUCCUAUCCUUCUUAAAAUCAUCCC